AUGAAUACUCGACCUAUUCUAGACUCGGACACAGGGCCCUUUGUCCUCUCGGCAUCCUUCAACGCCGACUGCUCUCACUUCUCGGUGGCUUUGGAGACGGGAUUCCGCGUAUUCUCCUCCACAACAUGCGAGGAGAAGAUCGCCAGAGAAGUCGGCGGCGGCAUCGGCUGCGCAGAGAUGCUCGGCAACAAGAGUUACAUUGCCUUGGUCGGAGGAGGGAAGCAGCCCAAGUACCCUCAGAACAAGGUUAGCUUUCCUGGCGACUCCGACUGGCUUCUUGUCAACGACACUGACAUCAUCUACGAGGUCCAAAUCUGGAACGACAAGACAGAACGCUUCACAACGUCGGUCGAAUUCAAGACGCCGGUCCAGCGCGUGCGCCUCAGCCAGACACACAUGAUUGUCGCCUUGCUGAACUCGAUAUGCAUAUACAAGAUGAAAGUACCGCUAGCCAAAACCGCGGAAUACGAGACAGUCAACAACCCGUUCGGGCUGUGUGAGCUAGGCACGGAUAUUGUCGCAUUCCCUGGUAGAGCGGCAGGCCAAGUCAAGAUCUACGAUCUGAACACGGGCAACGUCAGUAUCAUCCCGGCCCACGAAAGCCCCUUGCGCGCAAUCGGGAUAAGCAGGGCGGGGGAUCUUAUUGCUACGGCUAGUGAGCAGGGCACGCUGAUACGCCUGUGGUCCUUUCCCUCGUGCACAAAGCUCGCUGAGCUGCGCCGCGGCGUCGACCCCGCUGCCAUCUUCUCCCUCGCCUUCUCGCCCGACGGCUCGACCCUUGCCGUCACAUCCGAUAAAUCGACACUCCAUAUCUACGACCUCGUCACCGCAACAACAGCCGCUGCAAACGCCGAUCCCAGUCAGCAUAAAUACGGCAUCCUAUCCAAAAUCCCUUUGCUACCCCGCCAGUUCUCCGAUACGUACCCGACUGCGACUGCCAAGUUCGAAAUGGGCGAUGAACCGACUGCUUGGGGGCCGCAUGGUAGGUCUGCAACACUUAGUGCUGGGAUACCCGGUGUGCCUGGGGGGCGUCCAACAAAAGGCCUCAUUGGGUGGUUGAACGACGAGACUAUUCUUGUUAUCGGUGCUGGGCAGGAUGCACGGUGGGAGAGGUUCCAUGUGGGUCCUGAUGAUAAAGGCAAGAAGUGUGUUGUCACGAAUGGGUGGAGAAGGUAUAUCGAUUAG